CAUCUCAGCAGACUAGAGCGCGCACACGCAGAGCGGCGCGCCAGACCGCGCAGCCGCAGCUCCACAGGCGCAGACAGACGGACGCAGCAGCAGCAGCAGCCAUGGCCGACGAAAAACCCAAGGAGGGAGUGAAGACGGAGAACAAUGAGCACAUCAACCUGAAAGUGGCAGGGCAGGAUGGCUCAGUGGUGCAAUUCAAGAUCAAAAGGCACACUCCUCUCAGCAAACUGAUGAAAGCUUAUUGUGAACGGCAGGGCCUGUCAAUGAGGCAAAUACGGUUUCGAUUUGACGGUCAGCCCAUCAAUGAAACAGACACACCCUCACAGCUAGAAAUGGAGGAUGAAGAUACGAUUGAUGUGUUCCAACAGCAAACCGGAGGCUCUUCUCUUUAAAGACUGUUUCCUACGAACAUCCCUACCUCCCCUUUCCAUCCCCGAACAUCUUUGUUAUGCCCAGUCUUCAAACGCUCAUGACCAGUGUUGAUACCAUCCAGUGGAAAACUUUUACAAAAUGCUCAAAGGCAGCGGCACAGUUGAUGUAGAUAGAUUUAAUCACACUGUCAUACAUACGUUAACAUGUUUGAACUGCAGAGUGUAGACGAGUUGUAAACUACAGUGAGUCUAUUGUGCUGAAGAAAUUAAACGCUUGCCAUGAUACAUACUUUUCCUGGAGGUUUAAGAGAACUUCUUGAUCUUGAUCCUUUUUUUUCUUUUUUCUUUUUUUUCUGGUUUUAUACUUAUGUCAUUAAGGUUUUGAUUCAGAUGGAAUUUUGUUAUUGUUGUCAAGUAAGCCUGCAUUUUAAAUUCACAUCUGUUGUUAUGAAAAUGUAUUAUUGGAAUAAAUUGAGUCUUUUUU